AUGGCCGAUGACAGCCGUCGAUCCAGCGCCUCCAGCCGCGCCGACACGCCGCUCCUCCAGGCCAGCACCGCGCUGACUCCCGACGCCGACAUCACCGCCCGCAACCUGAACACCAUGGACCGCCAGCCCGAGCUGAUCAUCGGCGGCCCGCCCAGCGCGCCCUCGCCGCUGGAGCUCCGCGCCUUCGCUUCCCAGCCCCAAAAGAGCCGCUUCGCCAAACCCGUCGAAUUCCACCAGCUCGAGCUCGUUUCGCCCUGCGACAAGAACCUGUGCUGUCUGAUCUGCAUGGAGCCGUUUGUCGACCCCAAGCGUCUGCUCUGCGAACACACUUUCUGCGACGCAUGUCUGAGCAACCACAUUCGCUACGCCGUCGGCCAGUCCUUCAGCUAUCCCGGCAGUGGCGCCCGCUGCCCGACCUGUCGCCGCGAACUUAACAUGGACACCGAGCCGCGCGCAGUCUCGAGAAUCAUUACCAACAUGCUGGACGAGCUGCUCGUCAAGUGCCCGAACAAGGCCGAGGGUUGCGACUGGCAGGGCCAGCGCUGUGAGGCCCAGGACCAUGUCGACUUCGCCUGCGAAUACCGUCUGGUCGAGUGUCCUGCUCGUGCAUGCUCCCAUCCUGUGAUGGCCAAGGAUCUGGACAAGGAAUGUCUGCACAGCUAUGUCAACUGCGAGUACUGUGAGGAGACCGUCAUGGUCAUCGCACUUGAGGCGCACCACCUCAAGGCUUGCCCUUUCCGCAUGGACGAGUGCCGUGACUGCAGCUCCGAGGUUGUUCGCAAAGAGAUGGAAGUGCACCGCUCAAACAUCUGCCCUAAAGCAAUCAUCAACUGCCCUGCCCUGGACUUUGGAUGCGACCACAACUGCCAGAGGGAUCAGAUGGACGAACACAAACGCGGUUGUACAAUCGCCAAGAUGCUGCCCGUCCUGCAGCGUAUGAAGACGCGUGAGGAAGAUCUUGAGGCUGAGAACAGCCAGCUUCGUCGCCAGGUGUCGUGCCUUGAGCAGGGCCUCAAUGCGCUGCAAGCCAUGGUCGCCCUCCCUCCAGGAGCUACCGCCUACGAGGUCCCUGGUGCUAAUGACCUCAACCUCAACAAUCUUGCAGAUGCCAACAACCAGGACAUGAUUGCGCAGCACGAGUCCUUGCGCAACGAGAUUUCACGCCUGAGCAACAUGAUCGCCGAGGUCGAGGCCCGCACCAACAUUCAGCUCCACAACGAGGUCCUUCGUAUCAACACCGACAUGGCUCGCACCGAUGCCGCCCUUGGUGCCAUGCGUAGUCAGCAACAGUGGCUCAUCAAUGCCCGUCUUCAUGCCCUCACCCAGAUGCGUGCCAACGCAGCUGCGAAUGCCACUGGCGGUUCCACUUCCAACACUACUGCAGGCGCUGCUGCUGGCUCGACUGCUACCGCCGGCGCCAGCUCCCGCGGCACACUUUCUCCACUUGUUCCCACUAACGCCCCCGCUGCAUCCUCUUCCUCCACACGUCCGGGAGACUAUCAGUAUCGGUAUGGUGCUCGUUAUGAUUCCCGUCAUGGAGGCUCUACUGGUGGUGGCCAUCUCAGUCCUGGCCCUUCGGCUCGUCGCGAGAACAGUGACGGCCAUUUCUCUGCCGCGUGCUACCAGUCCGAUGGUGCUCGCUUCUCGCGGCUCACGGAACUCCAACGUCAGCACCAGUAA